AUGAAAUGUCACAGUGACAUCAAAGCGUAUGUAUGCAGUGAAUGUGGCAAGGAGUAUGCACUGUUGGGUAGUCUGCAGGCACACAUGAAGACACACAGUGGGAUUAAGCCUCAUGAAUGUAACGACUGUGGGAAAACAUUUACAGAUUUGUACAAACUGAACACACAUAAGAAAAUCCAUGGCGGAGACAAGCCUUUCCAGUGUACCGUGUGUGGGAAGGCUUGUUUAGAACAAGGUAUUCUGAAUGCACACAUGAAGUGGCACACUGGUGUCAAGCCUUAUGUGUGUGGUGUAUGUGGGAAGGCAUUCACACGAACAAAUGACCUUGAGAGACACAUGAGGCAUCACAGUGGGGUCAAGCCGUAUAAGUGUACCGAGUGUGAUAAAGCAUUUGCACAGUCAAGUACCCUGAAGAGACAUCUUCUGAGCCACAGUGGAGUCAAGCCUUUUAACUGUAAAGUUUGUGGGAAAGCUUUUGCACGAUCAUGUAGUGUGACCAAACACAUGAGGUCUCACAAUGGACUCAAGCCUUUUAACUGUAAAGUUUGUGGGAAAGCAUUUGCACGGUCAUAUAGCGUGACCAAACACAUGAGGUCUCACAAUGGAGUCAAGACAUAG